GGGAAUGCCGUUGCAAGACCGAGCCAAUCGGCUUUUAUGCACCUUGCACGAGCUUAUGGCUGUUCGGCUCACUGGGAUGGUAGAACACAUGUAUUCAUUCUCGAUGUGGACAUCCCAUGCAGGUAGGCGGCAGCUCAAACAACCCAACACGGUUCCCUGCCGGAGUGGGGUGUCAUCAACAACAUGCAUCUCCGAUACAGCUGGAAGGGUUUGUCUUAUGUCACCCUUUUGACCCCAUGCACAGGAAGCCAACAUGGGGGAUAUGCGAGACCGUUGUCAUUCAUACAGUGGUGAGCUGCGCGAUUUGGGAAUCACAAAUCUCUGACCAAUUCAGUAAACAUGGGUUGCCGUUAGCCGUUCUUCUCCCAGAAAGAUUCGGGGACAUAUCCGAUCAACUUCCCGAUGCCGUAUCCCCUGUGCAUUAACGCAUUUUUCGGCGCAGAUCGAAUCAUACCCAGGGUGAGUACGUAUUCCUCGGUCCAGUCGACGCUGUUUCACAACAUACGCACCGAAAUUGAGCUAGGAGUGGGAGUACGGUCCCUGUAUAUAAUGGUGUAGAUCCUUGUAAGACCUCCUUUCCAGCGAAGUAAGAGAUCGUCGAUGGCGCAAGGAAUGUGUAACUCAGCAAAGUACGGAGUAACCGUCAAGUACUCUGUACACAUGCAGUUACAUCGCCCUCUGCUCUGUAUUCUGAUAAGAUGCUUGCCGUUAUGUUCUGGCCUGCUGUAGGUUCUGGGAGCAUGCGCAUAUUCCACUGGGAUGAUUUCACUGCCAUGAUUCUGUGGAGGAUAGAUCCGUGGUGGGAAUCAAGGACCCUGGAGUUCUGAAGUGAUGAGAACGUCAGCAUGUUUACCGGUUAAUUAACGUAAGCCUAGCGAGUUCACCAGCUCACGAGGAAGUUUCUCCGUCGUUAAGCAGUCAAUUAACUAGCCAAUGGCAGGAUGGAGGCUAGCAGACUAGCGCAUUCUCUUCAACGAUCUUCGUUUUCUCCUUUGCUGGUUUCCUGUUACUUCGCCCGCUGAUUUCUCCUCCUGAAUUACAGAGGAAUGUCAAAGUGUGUCAUUCUAGUA